CAUCGUUGACCAUCGCCGUCUGAGGUUAACACUGUGAACAAUAUUCACUUCGUUGCUUCGGGAAAAGGUUGUUAAAAGGUGAUUUUUCGAAGGCAUGUAAUAUUUACAGAUAUUGAGAUCCUGGUAAUAAUCAACAUGGCAUCUGAGAAGUUUGAUCCACUAGUUGAGAGUCUUGAACGUUUCAUUGAGAAUACUCGUCAGUUGGGAAUCAUCGUCAGUGACUUUCAGCCUCAGGGACAAAUAACACUCAAUCAGAAACUACACACCCUCGUUACGGGCCUUUUGGAAAUUGAAAAGACAAAGGCGCAGGUACAAGAUGUUCAAGUCCCUCUGGAGGUGUUUGACUACAUAGACCAGGGCCGAAAUCCUCAGCUGUACACGAAAGACUGUAUGGAGAAAGCUGUCAUCAAAAACGAACAAGUCAAGGGCAAAAUUGAAACGUUCUCAAAAUUCAAGAAGAGUUUGAUAACAGAGUUGAACAAGAUGUUCCCUGAAGAGAUGGAGCAGUACAAAGCUCAACGAGGUGACACUUGACAUCCAGAAGAGCUUCAUCCUUUUGAACCCGAACUAUCCCCGCUUCACCAUAAUGAAAAUCAUGGUUUGCCAUGAGUUUUGGUGAUUUGGUACUAGACAAUGUCCAGUGUACCUGUUCACUGCAGUAGGUAAACCACCCAUUCUUUGCAUGGAGAUAAUCAUACACACCCUUUGGGGGGUUGGUUUAUAAUGGAUAAUAGGGACUGUCAGCUCUUGGGCAGAACAAAGAAGCUGAUUACACUGGAAGAGAUCCUGAUCCAAAUCGUUGUUUAGAAAUGGCAUGCAGAACUGAAGUCCGCCAUCCAUCUAUCUGUGAGUGGAGCUUAACAACCCAAGUUAAAUACAGUUUGGCGUGACACAGAGCUAUGGCCUGAGGUUGUGGAGCAGAGCAGUAAAAGGGCUUUGUCACAUGUAGCAACUUUUACAGGUAAAGUUGAGGCAACAAACUGCAGUGCUGGCUGCGAGUGCACGUUGGUAGCACACGAGUAAAUUUUCAAACAAUGUCUUACAAUCCUCAAGAUAAAUCUGUGAAUAUUUAAAUGUGACAGAAUGGAUUCUCUUCUUGGAGAUUGUCUGGAACUAGUUGCCUGUACAUUGCCUCGUGAGACAUAACCUUAAGCCUCAAUGCCACAGAGCUGUUGACCACUUCCGUGGAUAUCUAUAAAAAAAAAUUGUUACCUCGCCUCUGCGCUGGUAUUGUUUUUCAAAACUUUUCGGAACUUCCAGAAUAAUUUGUUUUGUUGAGAACACCGUUGCCACAAUAAAUUUCUGACUAAAUGAGGUAAAGACAACAAACUUUUCCAUAAAAUACACCAGGAUUUUUAGUUUUUUGUUUUUUAUAAUAAAUAGUCCGAAACCUUGGCUGUGUAAAAGCCACAUCCGAUAAUCAGCCAUGGUAUGCUGGAAUCCUGGACUUGCUCCCAUAUUUAUGAUUACAAAAUCAGUUCAAUUGUCAUUACUGUUGGCCAA